UAACUAGAGCAGUGAAUCGAUUUCAAAUUAUCACAAAUAGAAAAAUACGGGGUAUUUGUCUAGGCAGCAGAGAUCCAAAGGCCUUAGUACGACCUGGCCACAUAUGACGCACAGUCCGACUUGCGACGGAUGCAUUCCCGGGUCCAAGUAAUCAGAGAAAGUACUCCAAUGUUUGGAACAGCGCAAAUCACCAGGCCACCCAAGCAAGAGCGAGCAGCACGAGACAAGCCUUCAUCCAAAAGCAUUGAGACCUCGAGGUGCGCGAACCGUCUCCACUCCCCGCCGUUGCCGACGGAGUCUCAUCCACGUACCCGAUCCAGACCGAGCCCAGGGAAGCCUCCACGGUGAUCCGGUCCCCCUCGCCGUCCUGUACAACUCUGCUCGCGGUGUCCCCAACAAGCCAGUGCGUCGUGCGCCCAGCCUCGUGCAGCGGAGCGCCGCACGUUGCUUGUAUGCGGGGUGACAGCGUGACGCGGUGGCGGCCCAAGAUGGGCGCCCGGACGACGAGCUGGCCCUGUACCGGGUGCGAUAGGAAGAUGCGGAUGUUCCCCAUGACGGACGCUGCAGUGAGCGAUAUGGGCCCGCCAGCGCCAGAAUGCUGCAUAGGCGCGUCAGUAGACUGUAUGUGCUUCUGCACCACUGCGAGCGAGGUGUUCGAGAGGGACCGCCACGCACCACGUGCAGCUCAAUAUCGCCCGUGCGCGUCUUCGCUUCGAUGUGCACCAGUCGCGCGAGGCGCCUCUUCUCAAGCCGUCGCUCGCGUGCCCGGGCCACUGCGCGCGCCAUGAACGGACUAUGGGGUUUGCCGUCCGCGUCUACGUCGAGGGACGUACCCGCGCCGUCCCCGUCCGUACCACCUAGAGCGAUCUCGUCGGCUGGAGGAGGCAGACGCGGCCGCACAUCGAUGUCCGCGGAUAUCUGGCCCCAGACAUUCACAGAGAGGUUCGGGUCGAGCUCCGGCUCGUCCCAGAGGUAUGCCCGAUACGAAGGCCCAAACGGCACACGCAGCGAGCGGGGGAUGUCGAGGUUGGGGUCGAUGAUAAAGCGGGCAUUCCGAACGCAGCCGAACGUAUGCUCGAUGGAGACGCGGUUCUGUGCCCGAGUGAGGACGCGGUCCUCAUUGUCGAAAGGAAGCUGUCAAAGAGUCAAUGUUGUGAUCACGUCAGUGCUGUUAGUAAGCCCGUUCUUGCCUUGUCCUCGCUCAAGAAAUCGAUCACUGUCUUGCAGUCGGAACCCAUGUGGUAUGGUGACUCUAAGUGGCUGAGGGUAUAAGUACACCGGACGCCCG